CUGUCUUGCAGAAGUUAUUUAGCCAACAACUUAAGUGCUAGACACAAAAAUGGGAAACAUUAAAGUUUCCCAUAUAAGACUCAUUAUCGAUGUUUAAGCCAACUAGAUAAAAGCACAAGACAUACCAGAAAGCAAUGUAGGUAGCGUUAGCAAGCCAGUUAACGUCAGACCAUCAGCCAGCAGACAACGAACCGCGUUACCCGGUGCUUAGCUAGCUGGCUUGCGACGGCGUUAGUAUAACUAGUUAAGGGUGUUGUUGUUGUUAGCUAGCCAACCGUUACCUCGCUUCAACGAGGCAAAUGUCAGAAUAAACAAUACACUGACUGCUUCUAUGUUCCACCAGUAGCUAACUACGUGUAUAUUUAGCCAGGAAGUUUGGUUAGCUAACUAGCUAUCUUGUCAGUCAGGUCUCUGUCGGCGAGCUGCCUGCUGUGUUGGCAGCAGGAGUGGAGGGUUUUACUUCUCAAAAGGAUGCUGCUAAUGGGAUCCUGUGAAAAAGUGGAUUUUAAUAUCGCUCCUCGCACUGUCGCUCGGCUUGUCUUCGAAGCCGAGCAAGAUAAUCGAAAUGGGGGAAAUUCAUCAAAUGGGAGUACUGCCAGUAACUCUCCGCGCAGCACCCCUGGCAGCUCCCCCUCUCUGCGCCGCCGGGUGCUGGGGGGUAGUGGUGGGGGUGGAAGCAGGACCAGCGACGCGGAGGGUGGCCCGGGGGAGCGCAGUGGGGAAAGGAGGGGUUCGGACAGCCCACUACUCUCUUCCUCCGCCGGCGCCUCCGCUUACCCAAUCGCCUCGCGCCAUUUCAGCCGCAAUGCCAAGAAAAUGCAGAGCUGGUACAAUGUUCUCAGUCCCACUUAUAAACAGCGCAAUGAGGAUUUCCGUAAACUCUUCAAGAAGCUGCCAGACACGGAACGCCUCAUUGUGGACUACUCAUGUGCACUGCAGAAAGACAUCCUACUCCAGGGGAGACUAUAUCUGUCAGAGAACUGGCUCUGCUUCUAUAGCAAUAUCUUCCGCUGGGAAACCACUAUCACAAUCCUGCUGAAAGAUGUGACCACCCUGACCAAGGAGAAGACUGCAAAGGUCAUCCCCAACGCCAUUCAGAUCAGCACCGACCACGACAAGCACUUCUUCACGUCUUUCGGGGCGAGGGAUCGCAGCUACAUGAUGAUUUUCAGACUGUGGCAGAACGCACUGAUGGACAAGCCUCUGUCGCCAAAGGAGCUGUGGCACAUCGUCCAUCAGUGUUACGGCACUGAGCUGGGCCUCACCAGUGAAGACGAUGACUAUGUCUCCCCCACCGGCGAGCACAUUAACGGUCUACUGCCAGUGGAUGAGUCAGUCUCUGUCUCUGACCUGUUGGACCUCAGCUCCUUUGGGGCCAUAGCUUCUCUGGGCAGCUCCCCGUCCUCCAUGGCAGCCUUGUUCCCCAGUGGCCCCCUCCUAGCCAGCGGUGGUCUGGGCUCAUCUCCCCCCUCCUCAUCCACCUGUCUGCCCAUAGACAUCCCUGGCAGAACCUCCCUGGACCCCCCGGACCCCAGCCCGCCCAGCUCCCAGAUCUCCCUGCCCUCCACCACACACUCCACACACACCGCCUCCUUGUCCGCCCCAGCCUCGGCUGCUGCCUCUUUCUAUGUGGAGGAGGACGGGGACAGCUUGUUGGAGUCGGCCAAUCAUAUGGUGCCCCCGUCUUCCACCAGCCUGGGAAACCUCUCCUCAUUGGACCAGUUCACCAAUGACGACGAGCUGCCCACCGACCCCAGCAACUCCUCAGACACACAGGAAGAGGACGAGGUGGAGUCGUUCUGUGCGGACCUGGCUGGCCGGCUGCACAUCAACAUGGUGGUGCGCAUGAGCGUGGACAAGCUGCACGACCUGCUCUUCUCCGCAGACACACACUUCAUCCAGCAUCUCUUCUCCCAGCGCCACUUCACAGACCUGUCAGUUCGUGAGUGGCAGCAGGACAGCAGUAGUGGGAACACCAACCGGAUCCUGAGUUACACCAUCGCCAUCAACAACCCCCUGGGCCCCAAGACCGCCCCCGUAGUGGAAACUCAGACGCUGUAUAAGAACAGUGCCCCGGGCGAGUGUUACGUGGUGGACUCGGAGGUGAUUACCUCGGGCAUCCCCUACCAGGACUACUUCUACACCGUGCACCGCUACUGCCUCACCGCCAUCAACAAGAACAAGAGCAGACUCCGGGUGUCGUCAGAUAUCUGCUACAAGAAGCAGCCGUGGAGCCUGGUGAAGGCGCUCAUCGAGAAGAACACCUGGAGCGGCAUCGAGGAGUACUACAGACACAUGGAGAGUGAGGUGUGUAAGCUGGAGACCCUGCUCCAGUCUGAGGUGUCAGUGGUGACCUCUGGGGAUGUGGUGGGGGCAGACUCUGCCAAGACACCCCCGGCCAUGCGGCGACGCAAACGCACCUGCUCCCGGCGCCCGGGGGACCGGGAGAGAGAGGGAGGGGGCGCGGGAGGUGGAGAGCGCGGGGACCGAGGGAUGGGAGAGGAGCGGAGAGAGGCGGGUGGUCAGUACAAGCACGGAGAGCGGUGGCGUGGCGGAGGCAGCAGCAUCUCUACCAUACUGCUCAUAGUCAGCUUCAUUCUGGUGGUGUUGGUGGCCCUCAACAUGCUCUUGUUUUACAAGCUGUAUUCUCUGGAGAGAGCUGCGCACACACUGGAGACGUGGCACUCCUUCUCUCUGUCUGACAGUCCUCUACCCCAGUCGGCAGGAGAGUGGGCCCAGGUGUUGCAGCUCCAGAGACAGUUCCACCAGGCCCAGCUGGGCAAAUGGCAACAGAUCCUCCAAUCCUCAGUCACUCUGCUAGACCAGAUGAAACAGUCGUUGGAAAAGCUCCACCGUGGCGUCGUCACUCCAGAAGUCCAGCAGGAUCCCCCCUCGAACCCCACUUCGGAGUCUCUCACUGAGCACUGAUCCUCCACCCUCCAGCCCUCACCAGCCCUCAAGUGGGUAUGAAUAGACCACGGGGGGGUGGCCAAAGGGGGAGGGUUCGGCUUGGCCAAUCAGGGAGAGUGACUCUCACCCGACCCCCAAGCUCCACUCCUGCUUCUCUACUCAAAACAGACAGGGAGAGAUGUGGGGGGAGUGGGAAUUACCUGUAGGGGACCUUCACUACCCAUAACUCCCAACACCUCAGUUUGAGCAACCUGCAAUGGUGUUGGGGGGUGAGGGACCUUUGGGACUACGCUACCCAUAAAUCCCCACACCUCAGUCUUGAGUAACCUGCAAUGGCAAAGUUCCACCUUCCAUAGUCACCACCACCUCUCACGUCCAGACAGUUAGACUGGGAAUGUCUUCAGGACUACAGCAAUAACAUAGCAUGGUGAGCCAACCAUAUCUCCCACAGUCAGGGCUAACGGCUGGCCAGUUUGUAUAGUACCAUCCGCUCCUCACAUGCAACCAACCAUGCUGCUCUCCCUGAACCAUCUCCCCUGCCUGAGAAUCCAAGAGACGUUUUCAAGAAAGACAGACGAUCGACUGCAUUUCAACAUGUGCAGCCCUGCUGCUGCAUUUCAAAUGGACAGACUCGGGGUCCAAAGCAUUUCAAAAUGGAUUGACUUGGUCCGACUGCAUUUCUCAAAAUGGGCCAACCUGGAUUAACUUUGCGUUUCAAAAUGGAUGGAAAUUGGGAGCUUUCCCAGCCCUGAGAAACAGCUAUGGCUCUGUUCCCAGCUGAAGCCAGCCUAGGGGACUUAUGUGCCUCGGUGUGAGGGGUCCGCUCAGCUAAGUCCCCCUUGAGCCUCUGGAAAUGAGGGACACAUGAGGAGAGAGGGACGAGAGAGGGACGAGAGAGGGACGAGAGAAGGACGAGAGAAGGACGAGAGAGGGGAAAGCUCGGAUAGAUACAGGAGACUUUCUGUAAUCCAACUAUUUGUCGUUCUUUCUUUCUCUCUCUUUCUCUCCAUCCAUCUGGGAUCAGCAGCUUCCAUCUUAAAGGCUUGAUCUCUUACAAAAGCAGUCCGUCCUCUGCUAGGGGAGAGUCAUUUCAAAACAAGACUACAUUUUUUUCAUUUUCAGGUGUGAAUAAUACAAAAAGACUCCUAAAUCCUCUACUAGCUCGUUUUCUUUCAUUAGCUGUCUUUUUGAGGGUGACUGGGUCGUUUUGAGAAUUGAGAGAGCGAAUGAUGAGUGUGCGCGCCAGACCAUUACAGUAUUUAUUUAACACGACUUUGAUUUCGAAAAGUCCUGUCCCGCUCUCAAUACGAGUGAUUUUUUUUUUCUUUUUCUCUCCUAUAUGCUCUGUGUUAAUACUUCAGCACGGACCAAGAAAGAGCUAUAAAGUGAAUAUUUUAUAUUUCCUGGUCAUAGCAAUAAUGAUAUUUGGUGAUUAUACUACUUUUGAAUGUGUAAAAAGUAGUAUAUCACUAAAGUGUGUUUAGGGCAAAAUGAGACAAGCAAGCAAAGAUCUGGAGUUGGAGAAGAAGACUGACAUGUAUUAGAAAGAAGUGUCCUCAACGUCACAUCGUCACUGUUACAUUUGGUAUUAUUAAGAUUAGUAUGAUUGAGUUUGUUUUUGUCUGAGACUUUUUGUUGUUGUUUGUUUUCCGCACUUGGUCAACUUCCUAAUUGUAUUAUUGGAUGGGACUUGAAGUGUUUCAGGGUUACUGACUGUACUCUGUAGACCAGUCUGCGUUCCAAAUAACACCCUAUUCCCUUUUAUAGUGUGGUGCACUACAUAGGAAAUGAUGUGCCGUUUGGGACGCAGACUCCGUAGACCAGGUUAACAGAGGGAUGCAAUAAACUAGUGACUUUCUAGUGUGGACUGGACUUAGAAAGGACCAACCAGAAGUCUAGGCCCGGAAAAAGAUAAAGGGAAACUAUUGCAGUACUGUGUUUGAGUUCAAAUUGAUGUUAUUCCUUUUCAUUUUAUAUCUUUAUUUUGUAGUCUAUCCUGUUUCUUAUUGUUUUUGUUUUUCGAAAGGGCAUCUAAUUUUCUUUUCUGCACCCCCCCCCCCCCUGAUUUCCCCCCCACUGUCUAUCAUAAACCAUCUUCUCUUUUCCUAAUUAUUUUCCUUUUCAACCUCCCUCCUAUUGUCUCGUUCACUCUUCCCCUCUCUCUCUCUUUCCUCGUUGUGCUCCCUACCCCCCUUUCUCCUUCCGUCUCUCGCCUGUGCAAGUGUGUGAGCCUUGCUGUGCACGGCCAAACAGUGAGUGAUCAAAGGAUUUACUAUAUUUAUUAGGGUCAGGGAGGAGAGGGGGAUGGGGGUCGCGGGGAGCAAAUGUACUGUAAACGAUUUGAUUGUACACAAUGCCCUGGAGAGAAAUGAAAAGCUCUAAAAUAUGCAACAACUCAUCUGAGUUAUUUUUUUAAAGUGUGUGUGUCAUGUUAACCAUUUUCAUAAAAAGUUGAACUAAAAACGUA